GCUGCGAAGUGCGAAGUGAACGUAAAAUGUUAAAUGUAUUAUUUUUGUGAUUUGGAUUUCUUGAAUCGUGACGAAAUAUUUGGCAAUUAUUUGUAAUUCCAUGUUGAAUAUUAUAGUACGCUAAAGAAUUGGUGAACUCGAUAGAAAGUCAUAAUGGCCACUUUGAAAUCAGAUUUAGAUGAGUAUUUACUACAAAAUGAUAAAAGUCGAAGUUACAAAUUCAAUUUACCUACAUUUUCAACACCAAGUUUUAUGUCGCGGAGUCCUAGUGGUGAACAAACGCCAAGUAGUAGUACCAAUGAAAGUUGGUUCCAGGAAGUUCAAAAGGAGUAUUGUACAUUGAGUCGCUCACAGAGGUUUAUAGCGUUUGGAGCAUGCAUAUUUCUUGGAGUGGUUUGUUUUAUAAUAUCAUUCGCUUUGAUACCAGUUUUGUUACUAAAAGCGAGGAAAUUCUCCAUGUUGUUUACAUUGGGAAGCUUCUUCUUCAUACUUAGGUAACAACGGAUUUUCCUAUACGGACCAUGGGCGCAUCUGAAAUCGAUGUUCUCAAAGGAGCGAGCUCUUUCAACAGUGUUGUACUGUGUGACAUUGAUAGCAACGCUGUACUGCGCGAUGCAUCUGCAAAGUACGAUCCUUACGGUGGUGUGCGCGGUGGCACAAGUCAUAGCUCUCAUUUGGAUGAUGAUGGACGCGCUCCCUGGCGGAUCUUUGGGCACCAGGUUCUUCGGAAGCAUGUUCAAGUCCUCAGUUUCGAAUACACUACCCAUAUAACGGUUAAUUUGUAAAAUAACUUAGUGAUAAUGACAUUUGUGGAAGUGGUUUGGAAAAUUUUACAACUAUUAUUAUAUGAACUUGCCGAAUUUUUAUAUAAAUUGUAAUUAUCGAACAGUUAGCAUAAUUAUUUUUAACAAGACAGUAACUAGUUGGCGUCGGUUGUCUAGCGGUUUAGCACGCCGAUUUACUACCGAUGGUCGCGGGUUUGAGGCCAUGAUCUAAAUGUUUGUAUUCAUAGGUAUGUUUGUUUGUAUUCGUGUAGGUGUGUUAGAAAUACCUAAUGUUACAAUAUAAUUUUAUCUUAGCAUUUAAUGUAAAUAAUUAACAUAUCCUAUACUUUUUCAACUUUAAUAUAACAUAUGUUGAACAUAUAAUAGACAUAAAUACAACAGUCAUGAAUACAAAUGUUUAUAUUGUAAGGGAAUCGAACCGACAUUUAUUGGAAUGUGAAGCAAUGUAUUAAAUAGCUAGACCACCGAGGUCAUCGUGAAAUGGAGAGUGAGAUGAUGUAUUUUUUAUAUUAUUGUAAUGGUAAACAGACUCAUAUGUGCCCGUAGUACCUUGUACGCUACCAUUCAAAGGUCCAGUCAAACCUUUGAUGUCGGUUGACACCUUGUAAAUUAACUGCCUUAUUUAUUUAUUAAUUAAAACUUUAAUGCACAAAUACACAAAUAUAGAUAUGGCGUACAUAACACCCUAUGGCAGGACUACGCAAAUGUAUUCGUAUUGUGACGCCCUUAUUUGCUAUUUUUUUGCGACACCCCUCAUUCCAACCCCCAAAAAUACUUAUUAAAUUUAGUACUAUAGACUAGUACUGAAAUUAAAGUAAGUAUUUU